AUGGCUCCACCUCAAGCGUCAGUACCAGCUCAACUCGACGGAUUACGCCUGGAGCCAGCUGAAGUGUCAUUCAACUGCACAGAUCACCCUCUGCGGAAGGUGCUGCCGAGCCGUCGAGCUCGACCUCAGUUCACGUCAAGCCCUACGACGCUGCCUCGGAUGCUGCACCGACAGCUCGACAGCUGGCCGAAAUGGAGGAGGACGAUCACGAGCACGAGGAUGAGGACGAUGCCGACUUGGAGGAACUGGAAAAGGAACUCGAUGAGAACUUUGACCUCGGCGGUUUCAGGGAGCGGAGGAUGGAAGAGCUCAAGUCCCAGUACGGGUGCUCUCGCGCAGUGCAGCAUGUGUAUCCCAUCAGCAUCACUGACCGAGAUCCCGCAUGGGGCCGACUUUCAUAGGAUGCAAGAGAUACAAAAGAUGAGGCAGAGCGAUUUUGGAAAGUACAACGAGUACACCAAGGAGAAGGACGUGAUCUCAGCUACCGCGUAUGUCCACCCCGUAUCCCUCCCACGGACCGGUCAAAAAAAAAAGUCCACGUCGCGACGCGUCGAGCUGAAAGCCAUCUCGUUUUGGCAAUUGGUACAUCUCCCCGGCGCGAUGGCUCAACCCGCACCAGCAAAGCAAGUCGAUCACUCGUCCACUUUUACCACCGAGACUUUCGGAGAUGCAAGAUCAUGGAUUCGCAUCUAGAGGUGAGCCGAUCUAUCUCCGAAGAAGGGAUCUCUCGGUCUCCAAACGGCGGCCAUCUUCGGCCUUCCUCCAUCUUCGAGCGCGCGCACAUGGCACAAGCUCGAAUGACGAGGCGCCCGCCGCUGCGCUCGUCCGAGCUAACCAAUUCUUGACUUUCCACCAUGCACAAAGUGACGCCGUGGCGUGCUAGGCACAAAGAACACGCUGACAAAGAGGAGUUCCUAUUGUCGUCGCAUAGAAACUUGCCAAGAAACACUUUGACACACUCUUCAUCAAGAUCGACGUCGCGAACGCCCCUUUCCUCGUAACCAAGAUGGACGUCAAGGUCCUGCCCUGCGUCAUCGGCUUCGUCAAAGCCGUCUCAAAGUUAAAGUAGGUCACUCUGCCGAUCGUCAAAGGGCAACUACUCAAAGGAAGUCUAACGCAAGCAUCGUCACCUUCGACAGGAUCGUCGGCUUCGAAGAACUGCCAGGUGGUGACAACUUCACGACUUCGGCGUUGGAAUUUGGCUUGAUCCAAGCCGGUGGGUCUCAAACCUAGUGCCGCGCCACGAGCUCGCGUGGGCAACCGGGACGAGGGCUAAUCUAAUCUGACCGGCUUUUCUUUUCUUUUUUUUUUUUUUUGCUCCAACAGAUGUGAUCAAGGACCCAAAAUUGACGGCAACCGCAAGUCGUGUGAUUGGUACAGCCAGGAGCUCGGGAAGCUCCAACUCAGCCAGCCGAGGGAUUCGAAGUAGCUCCCGCAUCGGCGCUAGCAACGACGAGUCAGACCUGGACGAUUGA